GCCGCCGCCGCCGCCCGCGCCCCCCUCGGCACCCACCGGUCGCCGCCGCCCGCUGCGCCGCUGCCCGGCUCCCGCGCCGCCGCCGCCACCGCCACCGUCGCCGUUUCCCCCCGACGACUGGGUGAUGCUGGACAUGGGAGAUAGGAAAGAGGUGAAAAUGAUCCCCAAGUCCUCGUUUAGCAUCAACAGCCUGGUGCCAGAGGCGGUCCAGAACGACAACCACCACGCAAGCCACGGCCACCACAACAGCCACCACCCCCAGCAUCACCAUCACCACCACCACCAUCAUCACCACCCGCCGCCGCCCGCCCCGCAACCGCCACCGCAGCAGCAGCCUCCGCCGCCGCCGCCGCCGCCGCCCCAGGCACCGCAGCCACCCCAGGCGCGGGGCGCCCCGGCCGCCGACGACGACAAGGGCCCACAGCAGCUGCUGCUCCCGCCGCCGCCGCCCCCGGCCGCCGCCCUGGACGGGGCCAAAGCGGACGGGCUGGGCGGCAAGGGCGAGCCGGGCGGCGGCCCUGGGGAGCUGGCGCCCGUCGGGCCGGACGAGAAGGAAAAGGGCGCCGGCGCCGGGGGGGAGGAGAAGAAGGGGGCGGGCGAGGGCGGCAAGGACGGGGAGGGGGGCAAGGAGGGCGAGAAGAAGAACGGCAAGUACGAGAAGCCGCCGUUCAGCUACAACGCGCUCAUUAUGAUGGCCAUCCGGCAGAGCCCGGAGAAGCGGCUGACGCUCAACGGCAUCUACGAGUUCAUCAUGAAGAACUUCCCCUACUACCGCGAGAACAAGCAGGGUUGGCAGAACUCCAUCCGCCACAACCUGUCCCUCAACAAGUGCUUCGUGAAGGUGCCGCGUCACUACGACGACCCGGGCAAGGGCAACUACUGGAUGCUGGACCCGUCGAGCGACGACGUGUUCAUCGGCGGCACCACAGGCAAGCUGCGGCGCCGCUCCACCACGUCGCGGGCCAAGCUGGCCUUCAAGCGCGGGGCGCGCCUCACCUCCACCGGCCUCACCUUCAUGGACCGCGCCGGCUCCCUCUACUGGCCCAUGUCUCCCUUCCUGUCCCUGCACCACCCCCGCGCCAGCAGCACUUUGAGUUACAACGGCACCACGUCGGCCUACCCCAGCCACCCCAUGCCCUACAGCUCCGUGUUGACUCAGAACUCGCUGGGCAACAACCACUCCUUCUCCACGGCCAACGGGCUGAGCGUGGACCGGCUGGUCAACGGGGAGAUCCCCUACGCCACGCAUCACCUCACGGCCGCCGCGCUCGCCGCCUCGGUGCCCUGCGGCCUGUCGGUGCCCUGCUCCGGGACCUACUCCCUCAACCCCUGUUCGGUCAACCUGCUCGCGGGCCAGACCAGUUACUUUUUCCCCCACGUCCCGCACCCGUCAAUGACUUCGCAGAGCAGCACGUCCAUGAGCGCCCGGGCCGCGUCUUCGUCCACGUCUCCGCAGGCCCCCUCGACCCUGCCCUGUGAGUCUUUAAGACCCUCUUUGCCAAGUUUCACCACGGGACUGUCCGGGGGACUGUCUGAUUAUUUCACACAUCAAAAUCAGGGGUCUUCUUCCAACCCUUUAAUACAUUAACAUCCCUGGGACCAGACUGUAAGUGAACGUUUUACACACAUUUGCAUUGUAAAUGAUAAUUAAAAAAAUAAGUCCAGGUAUUUUUUAUUAAGCCCCCCCCCAUUUCUGUACGUUUGUUCAGUCUUUAGGGUUGUUUAUUAUUCUAACAAGGUGUGGAGUGUCAGCGAGGUGCAAUGUGGGGAGAAUACAUUGUAGAAUAUAAGGUUUGGAAGUCAAAAUUAUAGUAGAAUGUGUAUCUAAAUAGUGACUGCUUUGCCAUUUUCAUUCAAACCUGACAAGUCUAUCCUUAAGAGCCGCCAGAUUUCCAUGUGUGCAGUAUUAUAAAUUAUCAUGGAUCUUUAUGGUGGAUGCAGACCUUGAGAACAACCUAAAUUAUGGGGAGAGUUUUAAAAUGUUAAACUGUAAUUUGUAUUUAAGAAGCAUUCGUAGUAGAGGUGCCCAAGAAAUUAUUUUGGCCAUUUAUUGUUUUGUCCUUUUCUUUAAAAAGCUGUUUUUGUUUUUGUUUUUUUUUUUUUGUUUACUUUUAGACCAAAGAUUGGGUUCUAGAAAAUGCACUUGGUAUACUAAGUAUUUAAAAAAAAAAAAAAAAAAGGAAAGUUGUUUCAGUUGGCAGCACUGCCCAUUCAAAUGAAUCGGAAGGGGACAAAAUUAAUGAUUGCCUUCAGUUUGUGUUGUGUAUAUUUUGAUGUAUGUGGUCACUAACAGGUCACUUUUAUUUUUUCUAAAUGUAGUGAAAUGUUAAUACCUAUUGUACUUAUAGGUAAACCUUGCAAAUAUGUAACCUGUGUUGCGCAGAUGCCGCAUAAAUUUGAGUGAUUGUUAAUGUUGUCUUAAAAUUUCUUGAUUGUGAUACUGUGGUCAUAUGCCCGUGUUUGUCACUUACAAAAAUGUUUACUAUGAACACACAGAAAUAAAAAAAUAGGCUAAAUUCAUAUA